UCAAAUGAGACGAAUAUUUCCCAGCAGAUAUGGUCCUGCUCAAUUCAGAUGAUCCUCAAGGAAUUUGCUAUGUUGAGACUAAAAAUCUUGAUGGAGAAACUAACAUGAAGCAUAAAAUGGCUAAUAAGAAAAUUCUUGAGAUUAUCAAAGAGGGGGAAGACUUAAAAAAUUUUGUUGCAGAUAUUUCAUGUCAAGCUCCAAACGAAUUUCUCUACAAAUUUGAAGGAAAGCUAAAUUUUAAUCCUCCUAAUUCAGAAUUUGAUUCUACCGGAAAAAGCUUAAAUAAAGAUUCUGUCCCAUUAGAUGCCAACCAGAUACUUCUAAGAGGAAGCAGCUUGAGGAACACUGAAUAUGUCUAUGGAGUUGUUGUCUACACUGGCCAUGAGAGUAAAAUUAUGAAAAAUUCCCCAGAUAGUAGAUACAAGACAUCAAAAAUAGAGCAAUUGACAAACAGAUUUAUCGUGUACACUUUUAUCUUCCAGGUAGUCAUCUGCUUGUUUGCCUCAAUCUAUUCCACCAUAUGGGCUAAGACAUACAGGGACAGUACAGAACAGUACCUAGCUUGGAGCUUAGACACAGGAGUUAUUGCAAAUAAUGUUGUAGUUAACUUCCUCGUCACAUUUGCAUCAUGGCUGCUAAUAUUUUGAGAUUUUGUUCCGAUAUCUUUACUAGUUACACUAGAAAUAGUGAAGUUCAUUCAAGCACAAUUUAUCAAUUGGGAUCAUACCAUAUUUGAUGAAACCAAAGAUAUGCCAACCAAGGCCCAAUCGUCCAAUCUUAAUGAGGAGCUCGGCCAAGUAGAGUACAUCUUUUCUGACAAGACUGGUACUUUAACACAAAAUGUGAUGGAAUUCAAAAAGAUGGUAAUAGGAUCUAUCUCUUACGGCUUAAGUGAGAAAGAUCUCAAACAUGAAGAAGGAGAUGAAGAGGAAGAAUCAAAGCAGGAUCUUUCUCCCCAAGACUCUAAUCCAGAGAUCACUAAUGUUAACUUCUACGACCCGAAGUUUUACAAAGAUUUUAAUGAUCCCAGUUGUGAAAAUCUAUCAAUGAUCAAAAGUUUCCUUUUGCAUUUAGCAUUGUGCCACACAGUCAUAAUCGAAAAGAAAGAAAAGAAUGGGGAGACAAAGCUACUCUACAAUGCAAGCUCACCUGAUGAACUGGCUCUAGUAAACGCUGCUAGAUAUUUUGGGUAUUUCUUCAAGCAGAGAGACUCUGAAAACAAUAUCAUCCUUGAGCUCCCAGACGGUACUGAAGAGAAGUACCAGCUACUGAACGUAAUUGAGUUUGAUAGCACGAGAAAAAGAAUGUCUGUCAUUGUCAGAAUGCCCAAUGGAGAGAUCAAGGUUCUCUGCAAGGGUGCGGACUCCAUCAUUGAGCAACGCUUAAAAGACAACACCAACAUUCCUGAGACUACUAGCUACCUCCAAAAUUACGCAAGCGAAGGCCUCAGGACUUUGCUCCUUGCAGAGAAGACCAUUGAUGAGGAAGAAUACCAAGAAUGGAACAAAGAAUAUGAACAAGCCUGCCUCUCUACUGAAAAUAGAGACCAAAAGAUUGCAGCAAUCUCUGAAAAAAUUGAAUGGGAAUUCGAGCUCAUCGGAGCUACAGCUAUUGAAGACAAGCUUCAAGAUGAAGUCGCUGAUACCAUUAGUAUCCUUAAGGAAGCGGGAAUCAAAAUCUGGGUUCUGACUGGAGAUAAAAUCGAGACUGCUAUCAAUAUAGGAUACUCCUGUAAGGUCCUUAGUAAUGACAUGGACCAAUACAUAGUUGAUGAUAUCAUCACCAGUGAUAUUGAUGCCAGACUAGCAUCAAUAAAUAUAGAGUUUGAACAAAGUGAAGCUAGAAGUCAUGGACUGAUCGUAGCAGGAGAUUCUCUACUCAAAAUCACAAAUAACUCCGAUCUUUGAAAGGAAUUCCAAGAAUUAGCUGAUAAGAUGAAGGUAGUCAUUGCUUGAAGAGUCUCCCCGAAGCAAAAAGCUGAAAUAGUUCAACUUGUGAAAGACAGAUACCCUAAAAAGACCACACUAAGUAUUGGAGAUGGUGCAAAUGAUGUAAAUAUGAUAACAACAGCUGAUAUUGGAGUAGGAAUUAGUGGCCUCGAAGGCCAGCAAGCUGCAAGAGCAAGCGAUUAUGCCAUCGGACAGUUCAAAUUCCUUAAAACCCUCCUCUUAGUACAUGGAAGAGAGUGCAAUAGAAGAAAUGCCUAUGUAGUAGGAUACAUGUUCUAUAAGAAUAUGCUCUUUGUCCUCUGUAUCUUCUGGUUUGGAAUAGUCAGUGCCUUCUCAGGUUUGACUAUUUAUGAGCAAUGGCUCUAUCUCUUUUACAAUGUUGUAUUUACAGCAUUUCCAAUAAUGUGGUUCGCUGUUUUUGAUUAUGAAUACCCAAAGAAAGAGCUUGCUCAAGACCCAAAGUAUUACAUUUACAUUGUCAAAAAGUCUCUGUCAUUAGGAAAAUUCUUUAGAUGGAUUUUCUUUGCUCUCUGGCAGUCAAUGCUCUUCUGCGUUCUUGCUUUCUUCCCAUUUGAGCAGCAGGGAGGGUCAUUCUGGAUGGAAGGGAAUUUUGUGUAUCUAGGAGUAGUCAUGAUCGUAAACAUCAAAAUCCUCACAGAUACUAAUAACCACACGAUAAUCUCAAUUCUCUUAUUCCUGAUGUCAAUAUUUUUAUUCCUAGCAGGAACGGUUGUUAUAAACUUCCUAACCAUGAGUGAUUUAUACGGAGUGCUUGAGAACACUCUAACCUCACUUGAAUUAUACUUAAUCCUCAUUCUCUUCAUGCUUGCAGUUGCCCAAAUUGAUAUCGGACUCAACUACAUAAACAGAUUGAUCAGACUUAGAUUCAUCAUCUUUGUUCAGAAGGUUCAGACAAGAUUUAACAGAAGAAAAACAUUUGAUCAUCAAAAUCUUCAAAACUCCAAAAAGAUUCACACGGGUUUUGCAUUCUCUCAGGAACCAGGAAAUGCUCCACAAGUUGUUGAGCGUGUCAAAAAGAAUUCUAUCAAGCUCAAUCCUUUCGUUAAUCCCAAAUCUGUUGGUUACUGCGAUUUUCAGGGUGAGUUUUAA